UUUCAGUUUGAAAAGAAGCGUCCCUGCUCUUGACGUAACCCUUCCUAAUUGCCAGUAUUAAUCUUCAAGAAUGUUUGGUUUUCACAUCUUUGGGGAACCACUACGACCCUUCAAUGAACAGUACCGUUGCUAUUCAGUUUCCAUGCUUCCUGGGAAUGAGAGACAUGAUGUGGAGCGUGGUGGAAAGAUCAUCAUGCCACCAUCAGCACUAGACCACCUAACACGCCUCAACAUCAACUACCCAAUGUUGUUCAAACUGAUGAACCAGAAGACGAAUCGUAUGACUCACUGUGGGGUUCUUGAGUUUGUGGCUGAGGAGGGCAAGGUCUUCCUCCCCUAUUGGAUGAUGAGGAAUCUCUUACUGGAAGAAGGUGGGAUGGUGCAGGUGGAGAGUGUGACAUUGCCUGUGGCAACAUUCUCUCGCUUUCAACCUCAAGCCACAGACUUCCUUGACAUAACAAACCCGAAGGCUGUGCUUGAAAAUGCAUUGAGGAACUUUGCAUGCCUCACCACAGGUGACAUGAUUGCCAUCAACUAUAACAACAAAGUCUAUGAGCUCUGUGUCCUUGAGACUCGACCAGGAAAUGCUGUCACCAUCAUCGAAUGUGACAUGAAUGUGGAUUUUGCCCCGCCAAUUGGAUACCAGGAACCAAAGAAAAUGGAUUCAAAGGUCAGCAUGGACUCAGAAGAACAUUUAGCAGAGGUCAAGGGGUCAGACCCACCCUCUGCUUUCCCAGGCGAAGGAAAGAGGUUAGAUGGGAAGAAGCGAGCAUCAGAUACGCCAUCACUGUCAAGUAGUGAUAAAGGUCCGGGAACACGGCAGCGGGGUAUUCCAGACUAUGAUUACAAACCUGGAUUCAUCAGGUUCAUCCGUGGGUCCCGACCUUCUGCCCCAGAUGUAAAGAAGGAGGAGGGGUUCAAGGCAUUCUCUGGUGAGGGAAAGACACUGAAGGGCAGCAAGCGCAUCACAUAAAGGAAGCAGAUGAAAUGGAACCAGAAAUGUCCAUUCAGAUUUUCUCACUGUGAUCUAGCACAAACACUUGUGCUUCAAUAGAGCCAUUUUUGUUUUUUAAUGUUUGUCAACUCAAAUUUAUUUCCAUUCAUAGCCCUACCCAUAUUUUCCACUGUCCUAUAUGUAGAUUCCCUUAAGAAAAGGUACUUUGUGAAAACCCUUCCCAUUAAGAGUAGCAAUUCAGAUCAAGGACCCUGAUGGUAAGUGCAGGAGUGAAUGAAGCAGUUUCAUCAGCCAACAGUGGUCCAUGAUGCUCCUAAGGGUGUCACCUACUCCCAUUUACUCACUUCCAAUUAACUGCCAUGCUGUGACACUUCCCCUUUUCAUUCCCUUCCACCUUAGGUUUCUGCACAAUAAAAGCAAAAGAAUGAGACAAUGACACCUUUACUUCACC